AUGGCCGUCUUGUCCAUUCUGGGGACGCCGUCCCUGUUGUCCACCGUUGCGGCGGUGGUGAUUGUCGCGACAGCAUAUGGACUCUGCCUCGUAGUAUACAGACUCUUCCUGCACCCGCUGGCAGGAUACCCCGGCCCCUUGCUGGGCAAGAUCACGGCAUGGCGGGACGUCUACCACGCCUACCAAGAGGACAAGCACCUCGAUCUCUACGACCUGCAUGAGAAAUACGGCUCCGUCGUCCGCUACGGCCCCAACACCCUCUCCUUCAACGACCCGGCCGCCCUCAAGGCCAUCUACGGCCACAAGUCCAACGUGCGCAAGUCCGACUUCUACCUCUCCUUCCCGGCCCGCCCGGACGCCUUCUCGACGCACACGGCCAUCGACCGCGCCGCCCACGCCCGCAAGCGCCGCGUCAUGAGCCACGCCUUCUCCGAGGCCGCCCUGCGCGGCGUCGAGGAGUACGUCCUCGUCCACAUCCGCCUCUUCGUCCAGAAGCUCGCGGCAACCAGCCAGAGCAACCCGGGAGCCUACUACACGCCCGGCGAGUGGACGGAGCCCAAGAACGUGGCCAAGUGGAGCACCUACCUCGGCUUCGACGUCAUGGGCGACCUGAGCUUCGGCCGCUCGUUCGAGAUGCUCGAGGGCAGCAGCGCCGAGAACAGGGACGCGCCGCGGCUGCUGGCGCAGGCGGCCAAGAGGCACAACACUACCGGCCCGAUGCCCUGGCUGCACCAGUCGGGCCUCGACCGCCUGCUCUUCCGCAAGCUCAACCGGGACCGCGACCGGUACAUGGCCUUCAGCAAGAAGCAGGUCGGCGCGCGCAUGAACAGCGACAUCUUCAACUCGUCCCGCAAGGACUUCUUCUACUACCUGCUCAACUCCAAGGACCCGGAGACGGGCCGCGGGUUCGCGCCCGGCGAGCUCUGGGGCGAGUCCAACACGCUCAUCAUCGCCGGCUCCGACACGACCUCGACCACCAUGACGGCCACCGUCUUCUACCUCGCCCACAACCGCACGUGCCUCGAGCGCGCCUACCAGGAGGUCAAGUCCCGCUUCUCCUCGGCCGAGGACAUCCGCGCCGGGCCGGAGCUCAACGCCUGCGCCUACGUCCGCGCCUGCAUCGACGAGGCCAUGCGCAUGUCCCCGCCCGUCGGCGCCAUCCUGCCCCGGCAGACCCUCGACGGCGGCCUCGACGUCCUGGGCCGGCACGUCCCCGCCGGCGUGGGCGUCGGCUGCCCCAUCUACGCCCUGCACCACAACGCCCGCUACGUCGAGGACCCCUUCGCCUACCGGCCCGAGCGCUGGAUCCCCUCCGGCGGCCAGGGCGGCGCGGCGACGGAGGACUCCCUGAGGGACCUGCACAGCGUCUUCAACCCCUUCAGCAUCGGCCCGCGCGGCUGCAUCGGCAAGCCCAUGGCCUACAUGGAGCUGACGAUCGGCGUCGCGCGGCUGGUAUUUGGCUACGACAUGCAGCUCGCGCCCGGGGACCUCGGCCGCGUCGGCGAGGGCGACCCGUCGCUGGGCAAAGGCAGGGAGCGCGCGGGCGAGUUCCAGAUGCGGGAUAUCUUUGUGAGCAAGAUCGACGGUCCGUACGUGAGCUUCCGGCCGAGGCCCUGA